AUGUUACUGUAUCCUGGUCUUCGCAGGUACUGGUCAAGCCCGCGUUGCUUCUCAAUCUCUGAGCAGAUUAAUUCGGCGCAUUAUCACCAGGUUUACAGGCGGUUCACUCGCCGGAAGUCCUUCAAUCUUUCGGGCAAUGCGGAACUAGUCAAAAAAAAGCGGUCCAAUGUCAUUAAUCCCUGGAUCUUUUAUCCUGCAUCAUUCUUGGUGGCCACAGGUGUAGGGAUGUUAGCGUAUCAACAAUCUCAGUCUUUCAGGCAUACAGUUUUGGCUGUGGUUCGGUGUUCCAGGGUUGCUCGCGCCGCCUUACUUGGAAUUAUUGACUACAAGAAGACUUUCUCAAAGUCCUAUACCUCUGAACAUGAUUACCAGUUAGCCUACUCGCAGUGUCAUACCCGGAGUGCUCAGAGAGUCCUGAAUGCACUGUUGGCUAAUGGAGGUAUCUAUAUCAAAAUGGGCCAACACCUUUCAUCUGUGGCCGUGCUCCCUAAAGAAUGGACCUCAACAAUGCGACCUCUACAGGAUCAGUGCCACCCAACUCCUUACGAAGAAGUGGAAGCACUAUUCCUAAAUGAUAUGGGGAAAUCCAUCACCGAUCUGUUCGACGACUUCGACCCUACUCCGAUCGGAGUUGCGAGCCUGGCUCAAGUGCACGUUGGACAUCAUAGGGAUUCGGGAAAGUUGGUGGCCGUCAAGCUUCAACACCCUCAUCUCGCGGAGUUUUGCGAUGUAGAUAUGGAAAUGGUAGAAGUUGUAUUCGGUUGGGUUAAAACAUUCUUCCCGGAUUUCGAAUUGACAUGGCUCGGAGAAGAAAUGCGCACAAAUUUGCCCAAAGAGUUGGACUUCGUCAACGAGGCAGCCAACGCGGCCAGAACGGUUGACAACUUCAAUGAUGUCCGGACGUCUCUUUACAUACCUGCAGUCAUCACUGCGAAGAGGAGGGUGUUGAUCAUGGAGUUUAUACAAGGGGGACGCGUAGAUGAUUUGGAAUAUCUCGCGAAGGCCAAUAUUGAUCGCAAUAAGGUUGCUCUAGAACUAUCGCGGAUAUUCAAUCAAAUGGUUUUCAUAGAUGGCUGGUUCCAUGCGGUAACUUGCUCAUACGACCCGCACCAACAUCCUCAAAAUCACCGUACAAUUUUGAGAUUGUACUUCUCGACCAUGGCUUGUACUUUGAUAUCGACACGGAACUUCGGUUGA